GAGUUUAGUCAGCAGGGUCGUGACCAAUGAUGUGACCGUAAGCGCACUGAAGUCAGAUGCUAAGCCUCACUAGGUCUGUUCAACAGCCACAGCAAACACCGGGGUCUAAUCGGUUAAGACCGUUUGACUGUGUGUGUGCCUGUUGGUAUAGCAGAGCGACAAGAUGUCCAAACGCCAACAUAUUCCUGAAUAUAAAGUUCAUCACCUCAUGACUCUAUCGGGAAUAUCACAUUACAUCCUUUCUCAUUACAUUCUUACCUGAAAAGAAACAAGUAUUGCUACGUAUCUAGCGAGAAGAGGCCCUCCUUUACGUAUACUACUUGUGACUCCACGUUCAUACAGACUAGUCCACAUAUUCUAUUUCUCCAAGUUAUCUACAUAUUUAGACUCUUGCAUCUCCACCAGACUGCGAGAACUCAUCAGAGUUCAUCGCCAACAUGAACGAUUCCGUUCCUUACGACACGAUGGGGAAUCCCGGACACCAUUCAGCUGGAGAUAGCACCGGGCAGGCAACUUUUGGCUACUCACAACCUCACAUAAUCGAUAUGUUUUUCCCGGGAUUCUCACUCUUCGCAACUGCUCUGAAGAACUACACCGCCAUCGACCUUAAUAUCUACAUACCCAUGCUCGUGAUUAUGGGUAUACUGAUAUUCUGUUGGCAAUAUCUCGAAACAUGGUUUUGGAUUGAGCUUGACGCUUAUUUUAUGUCAACUGCUGAUGUUCGCAUGGAUGAUGAAAUGUAUAACAUGGUAAUGGCAUGGAUAUCUGAACAAUCUUUUGCGCAACGAUCUCGUCAUUUUGUCGCCAGUACCAAUUUGAAUAGUCGUAUGUGGUUCAUGUGGAACUUUAAUGAGGACGAAGAAAAUGAGGAGGAGGAGGAUGACUUUGAGAUCGACGAGGAUGGAAGUCCCGUUCCAAAGAAAGCAUCUGAAAAGGAGAAGAGAGUCCGAUUCACACCAAGCUUUGGAACUCAUUACUUUUGGUACAAGAGGAGAUUGUUGCAAUUCAGACGUUUGCAGACUCAAUCAUUAAAUAGUUCGGCUAUGAGUGAGAAAGAGGAAAUCUCAAUUUCUUCCUUUGGGAGAAACCCUCGCAUUCUCAAGGAGUUACUUGAUGAGUGCCGCCAAGCCUUUAUCAAAAACGAUGAAAACAAGACAAUCAUCUACAGAGGCGGUGCCAAGGGUGGUUCCUUCGGGGAGCCGGGCUGGACUCGUCUUCUUUCCCGCACCUCUCGUCCCUUCUCUACAGUUGUUCUCGAUGAAGUGGUAAAACAAAACAUCAUUGCUGAUAUGAAAGAUUACCUGCAUCCGUACACUAAGCGAUGGUAUUCUAACCGCGGUAUCCCAUAUCGUCGUGGGUACUUACUUCAUGGGCCGCCUGGCACAGGAAAAAGUUCUCUGAGCUUCGCAAUCGCAGGAUAUUUUAAGCUCAAGAUCUAUAUCGUUUCUUUAAAUUCCGGUUCGAUGAAUGAAGAAACCCUCAGUACACUUUUUGCCGAACUUCCCAAGCAGUGUGUUGUACUUCUUGAAGAUAUUGAUACGGCCGGUCUUACCCACACUCGUGACAAUGACGAAGAUGAGGAUAGUUCUGAAUUUGACGAAGAGGCUGGCCCUGCAUCUCCAUUGACCAAGGCAACCAAAGCUAUGGAGGCUAUGGCAAAUAAAAACGGCGACAAGGAUCAUUCAGGUAAGGUCUCUCUGAGUGCGUUGCUCAACGUAAUUGAUGGAGUUGCAUCGCAAGAAGGUAGAAUUCUCAUUAUGACGACAAAUCACAUCGAAAAGCUAGACGAGGCACUUAUCAGGCCCGGUCGAGUUGACAUGACUGUUCACUUUGAUUUGGCUACUAAGGAAAACAUGGAACAAAUCUUUAGAAGUAUCUAUGCAACUCUCGAAGGAGAUUAUCCCGAGCUCAAGAGCUCUGAAAGUGGAUCUUCAGAUGGCGGAAGCGUCAAAUCAGAAUCUGCUAGAGGGAGAAGCCCGGGCAGUGAGGUACCAGUCAGCAAGCGGGGCAUGCACAAGAAGAAGCCGAGAAGUCCUUCAAAAGAAAGAAGAAUACAGGCAGAAUUGGAUCGAAUCAUUGCGGCGGAAGAGGAGCAAAGAAAACUUGAGGAUGAGGAGAGAAUAGCAAAAUUAGCAAAGCUCUUUAGCGAGAAGGUUCCUGAAGCAAAGUUCAGUCCAGCAGAAAUUCAAGGUUACUUGUUGAAGCACAAGAGAAAUGCGGAAAACGCUGUUGAGGGAGCAGAAAAAUGGGUUAAGGAGAGAGAGGAAGAGAAAGAGAGAGCGAAGUUGAAAGAGAGUGAAGAAAGAGAGAAGAGAGACAAGGAGAAGGCAAAGUUGGAAAAGGAAAUCGAGAAAUUGAAGAAAGAAAAGGAGGCUGAAGAUGGCGAUGGUGGCGAGGGGGAUGAGGAUGAGAAUGAGGGAGAGGGAGAGGGGGAUUCUGAAAAGGCAAUGAAAGAAGUUGAAACUAUCAAGGAACAGACUGAGAUGGUUAAGAAAGAGGUCGAGGCCUUGAAAGAUGAAGUCUUCAAUGGAAUGGAGAAGAAAAUGCAUAAGAUGGAGAAGGUUGGAAUUAAGUUGAAGGAUAUCGAAAUGGCAAGUGGGAAGAAAGCCACGCAUAAGUCCGAUGUGGAGAUGGUUGAGUUUGCGGAAACUGGAUCUCAGACUGAUCCAGAUGAGAUUCUUGUCUAGGAAAGAUAUCAUAUUUGAGAAAUUGAUGUAGGAUAGAUAUCUUAAGAGCGAACAGGUAUUGAAAGUGGCAGUUGGGGAGUUGGGGCUCAAGGAGAGUUACAUUUGGAGUUCUGUAUUUUGCUGUUGUCUGGUGGCAGGCAUUGUUUGGUGUUCAUUGGCAAGGAAUGGUUGGCAUACAGGAAAUUGUAUGAGAAAACUCGUUGAGAUAAUCAAUAUGUAAUGAAACUGAUAUUAUA